AUGCAGGAAGCGCUCACCCCCGGCUUCCUUCAGUUCUCCCACGCGGCCCCCAAACAGACACCGAAUAGACUCAUCAUGGCGGGAAAAAUGGCCAACCUGUUCGCCCUGCUGAUUAGCCUGGUUGGGCUGGCGCUGGCACAGACGCAGACGCAGACGCAGAUGCAGACACAAACACAAACACAGACGACGGCGGUUGACGCAGCCGGAACCAUGGGCAUGACGUCGACCGUCGCCAUGACAGAGGCGACGACUACGGCAAGGGCAUCCGCGUGGGAGAAGACGGCCGGACCGGUGAUUACAAAGGCGGGCGGCAAUUCUACGACGAGUUCGCGGUACACGAGGGAGCGGACGGGCCGGCCGACGACGACGAUCCCCAACCCGCUGAUGCACAAUGCCGGGCGGAGGCCGUCGCAGCCGGGGCUGGGCAAGCUCUCCGUGGUGGUUGGGCUGGCUACGUACGGGCUGAUCCUGAUGUGA